AUGCUUUUGGAUGUCAACAGGAAGCUGUUCAGUCGCUCCGACCGUGUCAAGGGCGUCGACUUCCACCCGACGGAGCCAUGGCUGCUCACAGGUCUCUACAACGGUACCGUGAACAUCUACAACCACGAGACGGGUGCGAUCGUCAAGACAUUCGAAGUCUCUGAGGUGCCCAACUGGUUUGUCGCGGGCUCGGAUGACUUCCAGCUUCGCAUCUUCAAUUACAACACUCAUGAGAAGGUCGUCGCGUUUGAAGCGCACCCCGACUACAUCAGAUGUCUGACCGUGCACCCCACCGCAAGCAUUGUCCUGACGGGCAGUGACGACAUGACGAUCAGGGCAUGGGACUGGGACAAGCAGUGGCGAUGCAUACAGACAUACGAGGGGCAUACACACUACAUCAUGAACAUUGCCGUUAACCCGAAAGACCCCAACACCUUCGCAUCGUCAUGUCUCGAUCGCACCGUCAAGAUGUGGUCGCUUGGCUCGUCCACAGCCAACUUCACGCUCGAGGCACAUGAUAAGGGUGUCAACUAUGUUGACUUCUACCCAGGCGCAGACAAGCCGUACCUGGUGACCGCGAGCGACGACCGGUCUGUCAAGAUCUGGGACUACAUGAGCAAAUCUUGCGUGCAGACGCUCGAAAGUCAUACGAACAACGUCCUGUUUGUCGUGUUCCACCCGAACCUGCCGCUCAUCAUCAGCGGUGGCGAGGACGGGACUGUGAAGCUGUGGAACAGCGGGACGUAUCGGUUAGAGAACACGCUGAGCUACGCCUUGGAACGCGCGUGGUGUGUCGCGCUUCGCAAGAGCUCGAACGAGGUCGCGGUUGGAUACGACGAGGGCGUGGUGGUCGUAAAGCUCGGUCGCGACGAGCCGACAUAUAGCAUGGAUCCAUCAGGAAAGCUCAUCUAUACGCGGAACAACGAGGUACUCUCCGCCAACUUGCAGACAGUCCAAGACGAGGUAUUCGCGGACGGCAACCGGAUAUCGCUCUCGAUUAAGGAGCUCGGGACGACCGAGAUAUAUGCUACCUCGCUUUACCAUUCGCCAAAUGGCCGGUUCGUCACGGUUGUGGGUGACGGGGAAUACAUAGUGUAUACGUCCCUCGCAUGGCGGAACAAGGCGUUCGGUAGCGGGAAUGCCUUCGCGUGGGCAACCGACUCCAACACAUACGCAGUGCUCGAGGGUCGAAUGAAGGUACGCGUGUUCAAGAACUUCCGGGAACGCGCAGGGGCUGGCAUGAAGGGUGCGGGCUCAUGGAGCGUUGACGGCCUGCAUGGCGGACCCCUGCUUGCCGCGCGGGGUAAUGGCUUUGUGGUGUUCUGGGACUGGGAAUCGGGCGAGAUCGUGCGGAGAAUCGAGGCAGAUGCCAAGAAUGUGUUCUGGUCAGGCACGGGCACUCUGGUCGCUAUCACAACAGACGAUUCGUUCUAUGUCCUGCGCUUCGACCGGGAUGCGUAUCUCGCGAAGCUGGAGGAAGGCGGCGACUUCAGUGACGAGGGAGUUGAAGAGGCCUUCGAGCUCGUCACUGAAGUUUCGGAUAGUGUCCGAACUGCAAAGUGGAUCGGAGACUGCUUCAUUUAUACCACAGCGGCCAACCGACUGAACUACUUUGUCGGCACAGAGUCGUACACCAUCACACCAUUUGAUACCCCGUUAUACCUACUCGGGUACAUUCCCUCUCACAACCACAUCUACCUCGCGGACAAGGACAUGAAUGUGUACAGCUACACAUUAUCGCUAAGCCUCGUCGAGUACCAGACUGCCGUCUUGCGGGAUGAUAUGGCCGCAGCCACGGAGAUCCUACCCAGUAUUCCGAAGGAGCAACGGAACAAAGUUGCUGCUUUCUUGGAAAGCAAAGGGUUCAAGGAGCUUGCCCUUGAAGUCACGACGGACCUGGAUCACAAGUUUGACUUGUCAUUACAACUGGACGACCUUGAUGCGGCCGUGGACAUUGCACGGUCGGUGCCUGAGCUCGAGGCAGAGGCCAAGUGGAAGGCGAUCGGCGAUCGUUCACUAGCGGUGUGGCGAUUCGAUCUCGCGCGAGAGAGCUUUGAGAAGGCUGGAGAUCUCAGUGCACUGAUGCUCCUACUGCUGUCCAUCGGCGACCGAGACGGCCUCGCAAAAUUGGCUGCAACCGCAGAACAAAAAGGACAAAAUAACCUUGCGUUCGCAUCCCUCCUGCAGCUCGGCGACCCAAGGCCGUGUGUAGACCUGCUCAUCAAGACACAUCGUGCAUCAGAGGCGGCGGCGUUUGCACGAGCGUACGCCCCAAGCAAAGUGCCCGAUGCGGUGCAGGCGUGGCGCACCGAGCUGAAGGCCAAGCCGAAACUCGCCGCGGCUAUUGCGCACCCUGUCGACAACCCGGAGUUGUUCGAGGAAGGGUGGGAAGCCGCAUUGGCGCGAGAACGCGGCGAGGCGCCGCAGCCUGAGCCUCUUGUAAAUGGCACUUCCGAACCUGCCACAGUGGACCCACCAGAAGAGGAGUAGAUAUCCCAGGCGUGUGCCCUUUACGUGGAGCUCCGCGAAACCGCUAUGAAAGUAGCGUGGGAUCACGACAAGCAAAAUUAUCCUGCUAUCAGUUGAUGGCUGUUCGUUGUUGGGACCUGCUACAGCGACAGAAUUAUCGUAUUUAUUCAAUCCUGUAUCGCAAAUAAUUGUUUUCCUUGGCAUCUGUGA